GUGUUUAUCACAAUGUGGUUCGAACUCCUCCUCUUGAUUCUCUUCCACAUCCCAAAUGGAAGAGAAGUUGACCCAUCCCAAGCUUCAAUCACAUCACCGAGAGCUCCUGGUAAUAAUUGGAAUGGAAUCCAGCUACAGAAAAUGAACUGCGCAACCUACCUGGAUAAAAACCCUUUGUCCUAUUGAAUAAAUAUGCUC